GGAGGCUUGCGAAAUUUCCAAAAAAAAAAAGCAAAAAUCGCCUGCGUUUUGGUUGCUCCUUGCUGUCUACCUUCUAACGCUCUUGAAGCCUCUCGAAAUCGCACUGCUUACUUCCUCAUUUCUCACAUUUAAAUAACAAUAAACAAAAAAGAAAUUCCCUCCUUUCUAAAAGUAUUCUUGCAUAAAAAGAAACGCAGAUUUCAUUUGCGUUGCGAAGAGACACAUUUCAAGAGAGAGAAAAGCAAAGCAAAGAUCAUCAAUUUACGCUUUAAGUGAACAGAAGAAAACAGAAUGGGGCCAGGUUCGGCAUUGAGCGCGGCAGCCAAACAAGCGGAGCAAUUGAGGAAAGAUGGGAACAAUUAUUUUAAGAAAGAUCGUUUUGGGGCUGCCAUUGAUGCUUAUACUGAGGCGAUUACUUUGUGCCCUAAUGUUCCUGUGUAUUGGACGAAUCGCGCUCUCUGCCAUCGCAGGCGGAAUGAUUGGUUGAAAGUGGAGGAAGAUUGCUGGAGAGCUAUUCAGCUUGACUACAGUUCUGUCAAAGCACACUACAUGUUGGGACUUGCCAUGCUACAGAAGCAAGAAUUAGAUGAAGGGGUCAAGGAACUACAAAAGGCGUUGGAUCUUGGAAGGGGUGCAAAUCCAAAGGGUUAUAUGGUGGAUGAGAUAUGGCAGGAGCUUGCAAAAGCAAAGUACCUGCAAUGGGAGCAUGCAUCUUCCAAGCAUUCAUGGGAAUUGCAAAAUUUGAAGGAGGCUUGUGAAACUGCUCUUAGACAAAAACAUUUUCUGGAUCAUUCUCAACCAGAAGGUUUCUUAAAUGAGGAUAGUAUUUCCCAUAUGAAACAACUGAAGUCUCUGAGACAAGUGUUUAGGGAAGCUGGUGAAGCUGACAUCCCUGGUGACGUGCCAGAUUUUUUGUGUUGUAAAAUUACUCUUGAUAUUUUCCGUGAUCCUGUCAUUACUCCAAGUGGAGUUACAUAUGAGAGAGCUGUGAUCCUUGACCAUCUUCAGAAGGUUGGUAAGUUUGAUCCAAUCACACAUGAACCGCUUGAUAAAUCCCAGCUUGUUCCUAACUUGGCAAUAAAGGAAGCAGUCCAAGCAUAUUUAGAUAAACAUGGUUGGGCAUACAAGACAGACUAAAAGGUUGAAUGUUCUGAUAAUUUUACUGGGCAUGCGAUGACUUAGCAGGGCAAAGAGAAGUAUUAUGAAGUUAUUCGUAAGUUUAGCGUACAUCAGUCAUGUUUGGUAUAGUUAUUUUUGUGCAGGCUUCAGUGUGUAAUGCCAUGUCAAUUACUGGUGCAUGUCGAGGUACUCUGCUUCUUUGAAAUUUCACAGUUAUUCUCAUAACAAAUAACUUUGUACAGAUUUAUAAAAACUAGUUCAUAGUGGCCAUGUAUGGGUUGUAUGGCACUAGAAGGAGACAUUUAACAUUUCUACUGUCGGGAUUAACGGCUGCAUGUUCCAACCUAUUUUUAGGGCUUUGUUUUAUAAGAUACGUAAUUUAGUGUAUACUUAGUAAUUAUAGUCCAUAGAAGAUAUGAAUGAAAAUU